GUAAUAUAAUUUAAAUAAUUUGUAAUAUAAUUUUAACAAUUUGUAGUAUAAUUAAUUGUAGUAAAUAUGAAUAAAUAUGUUGAAAUGUGAGUAAAAUUAGGAUUGUGGUAAGAUAUGGAAUCUCGUCUGUAAUGUUUAUUUUUCGUUAUUUUUCGUUAUUUUUAUCUUUUUUACCCGUAAAUACGCAAUGUUUUAAUCAUACAAAAUUUAAACCCAAUUCCUACAACUUUUGUCAAAAUCUCAAUCCAUACCCUAACACAUUAUACCCUAACGGAUUACACUCUAACACUUUAUACUCCAACGGAUUACACACUAAUAGUUUCCAAUUCCACCCUGUGAACUCUGUGAAUGUUGGCUUAAAUACUGCUAAAACUGGUGAAAAGGGUGUGAAUGUGUGGAGUUUGGGGAGUGUAUGGAGUUUGGGUAGUUAUCUGGGAUUUGAGGACCCGUUGAUAUUUACGCAGUGUUUAGAGCCGGGGAAAGAGGCUGAGAUAACAGUCUCAGAGAGCCAAACGCACGGAAUAAACAAAGUAAUCCACGAUGUAACGAGGAGGAAUAAUACGAAUCAGCCCCUGUUCCCCGUGGGAACAAGAGUUUACGUACAUUCCGGACCGUUCAAAACUAUUCGCGGGACCGUUUUAUUCAAUCGAUUCACACAAAUCGCUAAACCAUACCAAGUAUUGGUAUCACUGGAUUGUAGAAAUUCUGAUGGAUUAUUGAGGUCGAACGUUGCGAGAUAUCAUGGCAAGAGUCACUGGAUACCCGAACACUUUCUUACACGUGAUAACAGAGUUCCAUUUCCCAAUCAUACUCCACGCCACACUAAUCACUUUCAUGAACCCAAAAGUUCAUCACGAGUUGGUAGAUUGGAGAUGUGUGAAGUUUAUAUUAUGGAGAUAUCAAGUUCGUAUAAUUUGAGUCGUAUAUUUUCCUUGUAUAACGAGGCUCGGGUGAAUAAUUUCCUGUGUAACACGACUGAGAUCCGUGCGUUUGAGCAGAUUGUCCGCGUGUUUAAUCUUAUGGAUGAUAAAAAUAUUGAGAUAAUUAAGUUAAACCAAAAAAACAGACCUAAAGAUAUUGAUCAUUCCCGGCAACCUUUCCUGAACUUUGACGACAAGAGAAUCUUCCUAAACCUAACACUGACAAUUUUAAACAAACUCAACACUAGCCAAUACUCACCCUUGGACUAUUUAUCACUCAUGUGGUCAUCCGCCAAGUUAAUUUCACUUAAAUUUGUCGAUACAAAUUUCGAUGGUAUUUUUACCUUUUCAGAACGGAAAAUCACACCUGAAGAUAUUAAACACUUUUCUGCCCAACAAAUCACUAAAUUACUCACCGCAUACUCUGUCAUCAAACGGAAACAUCAACUUCACCUCUUCCAAAUCUCCAACAUCGUCACCAACACACCAGUCACACAAUUAUACCCCCAAAUGUUGAAAUUGUUGUUGAUGGCGUAUGAUAAUGGUGGGUUGGACACGGGUAGUUUGGUUCCUUUUGUGAAUGAGUUUGUGGCUGCUCGGGAGCAUGAUAUACCAAAGUCUAUGGCCUCUAUUAUGAUCAGGUGCUUAAAUCAUAAUUUAGAUCAACUGAAAAAUACUAUUGAUAAACUUUACUCCAUCGUCUUAUCACACGAAGGCGAUCAUGGCAAUUUCGUUGAAAAGGAUUUUUAUAGAGCACUGGAGUGUUGUAUUUUGAGGGAUGAAAUGUUUGAAAAGUUUGAAAAAUUAUUUUAUUCGUCCAAUUUAACUCUCAAACCAUACACCAUCAACCUAUCACUACUCAAACUCAAACACACUCCACACACCAAACUCAAAAUCUUCCUCACUCAAAUGGCUUUGGAUACGAUUGAUGAGUUUUCGAAUUCUCGUUUGCUUUUUUUAUUGAGACACGUUGACUCUUCUUUGCCAAAAGAUUUACUAAUGAAACUUUACAAAGUCUUCAAAUCCAAACUGCGGGAUAUUACUGGUAUUAAAAACUUCUUCACCGUUCUCAACUACAUCGACACACACUCACUUCCACUACACAAUGAUAUCAAACAGAUAUUGGGUAAGAUGAAUGGGUUGGUAUUUCAGUAUGGUAUUUUCCCGAUAUUUUAUAGUGUGGAGUUGUUGGCGCGUAUAUCAAAGAAUUAUGAGAUUGAUGUAUAUAAGGAGGCGCCCAGGUUCAUAGAGAACUUACUCUCGUUGAUUAGCUCUGACUCGAUUUUCCUACCCAACGCCAUCGGCAAUUUCGUCUACCUCUUAUCCGAAAUCGCACCAACACUCUUCCAACAAUCCGCACAUCUCGCUACCACACAAACUACACAGUCUACACAUUCCACAGAGUCUACACAUUCCACAGAGUCUACAGAUACUACAGAGUCUACAGAUUCUAGUGGAGUUAUGGAGUCUACAGAUACUACAGUUGAGACUGUUGCUGUGGAUUCUGGUGAGGUAAAUUUGGGUUUUGAGUACCCUUCGUAUGUACAAGAUACGAUACAGAAUAACGCGAUGGUGAUAUUGAGUAAGAUACUAAAGGUGAUGAAGGAGCGGUUAUCAAAGAGCUUUUUUACUCCAUUUUUCUUCUACCUUGGAGAACCCAACAGUACCGCCGCCAAUCGAAAAAUGCCACUCUCUCCCAAUCAACUCAAAUGGCCCUUACUCUUCCUCUACCUCACCGUGAAGGGGGGGAUGAUAGAUGAGAUGAGUUUCCCGAGGGAAAAGUUGUUGAAUUAUUUAAAUGCGAUUAAGGACGAGUUGACAAAUGACGACUUGAACCUGCUAAAACGAACUCUAGACAUGCUAAAAUUAGAUUCCCAAGACUUUGACCAAAUCAUAAAAUCAAUCCCCAAAGGAAUCGAUACCAUCACCAACUCUUAUUCUGGCCCCUAAUUCCCCUUAAUCUACUGUUAAAAAAUCUUAACUAUCCUUCAUUAUCUUAAUUUUGACUAUUUUACCCCUAAUUUAAGAUUAAAAUAGUCAUAUUUUAUCCCUAAA